GAAUCACAUGACUAGAACCCAGAUCUUCCGUUCGAAGGAAAUGAGUAGGUCACUUCGAUGUGACAAGCCAAAUCAGGGGUUAAGCAAGUGCUAUUUUUGUCGUUUUACGUGUAUUUCGCUGUUUAAAAACUUUCACCUUGUGCGAUCAAAGAGCCGUUAGUUCAAGGAAAAGUCAUCAUGUCUUUAGCAGGGUUCAAAAAACAGAUUAACAAAGCUAAUCAGGUAAGAACAAGUUGGGAUUCUCGCGCUGUCGUGGCUGAUCGCUUAGCUUCUUUUUGAAAUUCACAAAUUUGAUUUCCGUUUCGUGUCACAGUUCAUGAGUGAAAAAAUUGGAGGUGCCAAGGGAUCAAGACUAGAUGAAGAUUUUGUAGAGUUAGAAAGAGUAAGUAUUGGAUAAGCUAUCACAAGUUUCAUGAGUAAAAUUGCGACCAUGGCGCGGUUUUGGCAUGAUAAACCCAGGCUUGAAUGACACUCACUGUCAAAUGGCACUUACACACGAAAUUAUCCACGAACGCAGAUCUUGUUGCUGCCCUUUAUGAAACGUCCACUUCAUUUUGUCAUUUUCUCUUCUCACAGAUUUCGUGUUAGUGCUUAUUUUCUUGAGCAUAACUACCACAUUCUUGCCACAGCUGUAGCCCGUAAUUGCUCUCCGUACGCCGGUUUUCACAUGCUGCAGAUUUCAAUCUGUCGUAUUUUUAAGGCGUAAUUUGAAAACUGUUGGUCAAAUUUCUCUUUUUAUUGAGUUUGUAUUUACAAAACAUUCUAAUUUACCAAACAAAAAGUCGAAAUUCGAUGACGUCCGUGGGUGUUUUUUAAUUAUUGCUGAAGCUUUCAUGUCGCGAAUGUCAAAACGUGCACGUUCGAUGUUAUUCAUUAAAAAUUUUUCUUCAUUAAACAGUUAAAAAUAAAGCUUCUAUUUUUAUCGCUGUAACCUGCAGUUGUUUCAGCAAUGCUCAAUAAAAAACAAAAACUACGAUCUAUUUCACGAACGCAUUUGACUUGCGUCUUCCUUUGAGCUGUGAGUCACAGAAUCUUAAGUGUACGUGAUAGCUUAUCGUUUUACACUAAUGUUUUGAAACCUUUAUUCAAUAUAACCGUUUAUAUGUGAUAUUAUAUAAUCCAACAAUGAGGUUAAUCCCUUUUCGAUGGAUAAUUCCAUCUUAAGUUAUGCACCUGUUACAAAGAAUGCAUAAAUUUUAUCAAACCGGGUGUAAACACCAAGAAUGGUGCCAAAAUCUGUUUGAAAUACCCAUCUCAACUUUGUUGUGAGAUAUGUGUGGUCGAUAUGCAUUUUGUAUACGCAGCAUCACUGAUAUCCUCCACUUAAAAGCUCCUUACAAUCCUGGGUGCCUAUUUAAGAUUUUGACUUUAAAGCGUUAUGUAAUAUUAAUCAAUUAGAGGCACUAAAACAUUUUUCCUUUUGAGAAAAAGAACCUUGACAGGGUCUAUGUUUACUAAAUCUUCAUGUGGAACCUGGAUCACAUGGAGGUAAAGAUAACUGGCAUUGGCUUACACUGCAACCCUUUUAGUGCCAAGAGUAACCAACAUCAGCUUUCUCCUUACAAUAUCAAGGCUGUGCUCUAAGGAAAACUGAAAGGAGCCCAUGUGCUCUUAAUCUGUAAAAUCUAGGGUGCCCAGCAUAUGAUUUGUAUGAAAAAAGUAGGAUUUUCUAGUCGCCCAAGAGCAAAAGUUAGGUGCCAGGGGCCACCGGGCUCUGCCAGAGCACAGCCUUGAAUAUCAGUACGUAAUAUAGAGAAACAGUUAUGAGAAUUAAUGAAAUGACUACCAAAGAGGAAAGGGAUGAAUAGGCGAAUGGAUUGGCGGAUUUUGAAAAUAGUUUUGCCUGGAUUUCAGAUUCAAAGUGAGAUUUUUUUGGAUUUCUGGAUCCUGCAAUCGCAGUGGAUUGCGGAUUCAUAUAUUUUUGGACCCGGAUUUUGGCCUUUGCGUGUAAUUAAAAUUUUUUUGCCUGGAUUUUGGAUUCACUGCAAUAAUUGAAGGGCGGAUUUGGUUAAUAAAUCAUAACGGAUUGCAAGAUUUGCAUACUCCUAUUCACCCCCCUCCCCUCAAAGAGAAAAUUCUGUUGACAAAUUCCCUCAGGAAUUGUGUGGAAAUCAGCCUGCAGAAUUUCUGUGUGGACAAUAACGGCUGGUUUUCACUAGCGGCAAAGUCAGAGUCGAAGUCGUAAGGGGAGCCACAAGAGUGCUUAUGACUCAGUGAAAAUCAAUCAAUCAAAGUCAUAAGUGCGACAGAAUCAGAGUCAGAAGAAUCAGAACGUUUCCAUUUUCUUCUGACUCCACUUACAACUCUGUUGGUUACGAUCUAACGAAAACCAGAUUGCCGGAGUUCAGAAGCAAAACGGAAGGAGAAACCAAUCACAGUGCACAUUCCCAUGCUUUGUGACUGGUUUAGUUCAUCCACUUGUGCUUGUGACUCCGACAAGCUAGUUUUCACUUGAUCAUAAGUGACGGAGUCCUAAGCAAAAUCAGAAUGCUGUUUUCACUAGAUCAUAUUUUUAGUCUUACACUUCUGAUUACAACUCCGACUCCGUUGCAAGUGAAAAGUAGCAUUAACCAAUCAGGUUUCAUAUUCUCCACACUGUUCUCCAUGCAUUCCCUUUGGUACAUGUACAAAUAAGGAGAAUUUGUUUAACAGUCAAGACAAUUUUCACUGGUUGAUAAUAACCUUUUCUCAUUAACUUUACUAUGUUUGAUUGAGCUCUGUGACUUAAGGAGUAAAAAUAAUGUUUAAUGUUGGUCACUCUUUGGGGUGAAAGGGUUGCACUGUAGCUGAAAAGAAACUGCGGUGAGGAAAGAGAAGGAGAGGGUUGCUAGUUGGGUCACAGGGGUAACUAGCAGAAAUUUGAACUGUUUUUCCUUUUUCCAAUUUUUGGAGUAAGAUUUUUUUUGCCUGAUAUGAUAUUGCUGCAGUCCAUUUUUUUUACUGGAAUACCAAAAAUAAUUUAUAAUAAUUUAUAAUUUAUAAUUUUUCCACUGGAAUACCAAAAAUAAUUUAUAAUUUUAUUGAAACAUUGAUAAUAUUAAGGUUUAUUGGAAAUUAAUAUUAUGGUCACCAACAGUGGUUUAUUUUUUAUUGUUUAUUUCCCAUUUUCCCCCUCUCUUUUAUUACUUUAGAAAACUGAUGUAACUGCAGGACUUGUUGAACAUGUAAGCCACAAAACUAAAGAAUAUCUUCAGCCUAAUCCAGGUACAUGCAUGAUCAUUCCAAAAAUGUUGAUGCACAUAUUUUCCAAACUUUGAACUAAAUAGUUGAUUAUAUCCCAUGUACUUUCAUUGCAACACCUUAACAUGUAAAAAAAGUGAAUAGCCCAGACAGUGUCUUUCCAAGAUGAACACAGUUUGGGCUGUGGUAGCCAUUUCAGAGAUCUGAGCUCUAUGGAGAUAGGACACCCCAGGGAAUUAUUUUGACUGUAUAUUUUAAAUACCUUUUAUACUUGUACAGGUUUUGUAUACCAGUAUUUGUUUGUACAAGUUUCAUAGCAUGUAGUGCUGAAUGAAGAUCGAAUUUAUUCAAUCUGUUUGGAGCCUCAUCAUGAACAAGUUUACACUGUACAUGUACUGUAAGAGGAUGACAAAUUGUUUAUGAUCUUCAUUUAAAGCGGCCCGAGCCAAGCUCACAAUGCAGUCAACUGUUCACAAAGUCCGUGGAGAGGCUAAAGUAUCACGAUACCCUCAACCCGAGGGCCUACUGGGAGAAACUAUGAUGAAAGGUGGAGAAGAUCUGGGAGAAGAGUCACUGUUUGGUAAGAUAGUACAUGUGCAGCACUCCCAUGCUAUCAAAAAGUAAAAAUAUACCAAGCAGACACUUCCCUGCUCGCAGAGGUCUCACGCUUCGUCAUGAGAGACCUCCACUAGCAGGGAAAGCAGACACUUGUUUCAUUCAACAGCUACGAUGGAGCAAAGAGGCUGCUUGCAAGUCCCUCUCAUUUGUUCCCUAAAUAUUCAUAUCUCAGGGAUGGCUCUGAUGAGUUUUUCUCAAAUAAACUUGGUUUACCCCUUUCCUCCACAACCAACAUUUCUAAAUUCCAAUUUCAGGGCUCGAAAUUAAAAAAAAUGUCUUGUCGCAAAUUUGCGACUAGUUACGAAAAUUUGGUCGCAACUUUGAAAAUGUUAGUCGCGAAAUUUAUUGAGGCCAUUUAAUCAAGAAAUAAGUAGGCUUUUAAAUGAUUAACGCUUUAAUUUUCAUUCUUUCAACAGCGUUCAUGUCAUUUCGAGACUUAAUAGUACAGAACGUUUAGCGUCUCGGACAACACCAGUUCAUCUAAACGAUCAAGUUGAACCGGCGUUAAGGCACAUAAAUUAGUGUCUGUUAUUUUAGUCAAAGCGAUAGAUUUCCAAAUCGUGAACAGAUAUUACAGCAGGAAACUGCAGUUCUUAAAUGCCUCCAAUCUCUGCAAAAUAGCAAUAACAUUUGUACUGGGCAGACAUCCGACAUGGUUAUAGGUUACGUUACGUAACUAAAUUCCUUUAGUUUUACCUUUUGUAGGUUUUCCACUGAUGACAAAACAAGUAACGAAUUCUUUUAUAUAUUAAGCUUUACAUCUGAAGUAUCAGGGGUGUUACUACAGUGAUUAUUCAAAGAACCCUGAAGGACUGAAUCAUUCGAUACGAUGAUACGUGCCAUGCGGACAUUCCGCCAUCUUUGUUUGCUAAACCUCGUUUUCAUGUAUACGUAGAUUCGCAACCCACUUGGAACCGAUUUAUUUUACAUGUAAAUCUUUUUUUUUAAACUAAAACAGCUCGGUGGAUUUCUUCGUUUAAAAUGUGACCUUUGAAACAAUUUAAGUCGCUUUCAUCCGACAUAAUUGACUCACUAAAGAAGAACACGUGUACUGUGAGGGCCGUAACGCGGGUCAUAAACGCGGGAAAAGUCCUCAGCAUGCUGGCGGGACUGUCAGCGGCAAAUCAAAACGAAAUAUGAGCCUGCAAUGUACAUGUUUACAGAACCCGCUGAAAAUCGCGUGCUGUUGAAGGAAUAUCGUUACGUGUAUGCAUUCCAGGUAAAUUACGGUAAACCUUCAGAUUGUAACAAAAUUAUAAGACGCUACUUCAAUGAAUCUUUUUAUUUCUAAAUUUAUUUAAGCAAAAAUUCAAGUGCUAGUCCUUUUAUUUCUUAUCACUUAAGGCAAAACCUAGUCGCAAAUUUGCGACUACUCUCGUUUUUCUAGUCGCAAAUAAGAAAAAUUAAGUCGCAAAUGCGACCGUAUCGGUCGCAAUUUCGAGCCCUGAAUUUGAUCUGGAAAGCACAGUAACGCAUUUAAAUGAGUUCUUUGGAGUGUAGGUACAGUGCAUUUCAUAGGAUAAGCAAAUUCCUUUUUAACGAGGGAAGGGUCAGGGGGAUGAUGAGUAGAGAACUUGGCAUAUCAGAUUGACCUCCUACCCUAUGCAUCAUAUGACUGUGUUAUUAGUAAAAUCCGACUAGUGCUCUAUUAUCAAUGCUGCAUUCUGAUUGGUUGAGCUACCACUAGCCUAUAUGUUAUAGCCCAAUAGUAGCAAAAAGCGCUGGCUUUGAAAACCAAAAUGGCGGAUGAAUCGCGUUUUGCUAGCUAAAGGUGUUUUGUCUCGAUAUUUUUGAUCAACUAGUUGGGUUUUACUAAAACAUUAUUAUUCCUCUCACCCUUAAUGGCCUCAUGGGCUAUUGACUCAGUGUGCUCGAGGAAUAAUUGUUAAUUACACUUGUAUUUAGUGAUGUUUAGUGCUAUUUGAUUCUUUUGAUUGUCUACAAGGCCCUGACUGAUCUGCAUAUACAGUAUAACAGAUCUGACUCAGAUCUUUCAAACUGUGAUACGCCUGAUUAGUCCUUAUGAUUAACAUCAUAGAACACUCUUGUUGUUCCAUUACCCAAUACAAAGAGUUCUGGUGACCACAAUUUUCAAAUAGCUGUCCUACAUGUAGUACUGUGGAACUCACGACCAAAACAUAAUCAUUCUGCAGGCUCCUUAUUAGGUCACUAUAUUUGGCCUGGACAAUAACAAGAUGUCCGGGCCAAAUACAGGUUUGGUUUACAGAAAAAUGUGUGAAGAUGAGCUUGGGAUUUACUUGUAUUGACGUCCACUUUACUGUACCUUAAGAUGCAAUCCACUUCCUAUACGUAGCAGAUUUCACUGUAUUUAAAAGAGACCAAAAUUGCAUUGACAUUCUUUAUAUCAGGUCAAGCACUUAAGGAUGCUGGUGAAGCAUUCUCAAAUUUAGCUGAAAUAAAGGAAGCUCUUGAUUCAAAUGUCAAGCAAAAUUUCUUGGACCCACUUGAACAGCUGAAGAACAGAGAUAUCAAGGAGAUCAUGGUACUCAAAUGGUUUUGAACUCUCAUGUUGUGCAGUUAAACCAGUAAAGAGCUUCUAGUGCUUGCUUUCCUUUUUUUGUUUGUGUUUGUGAACUGGUGGGAAGAUUGGAAACUUCAAUUUGACUAUUGCAGCAAAGUGUACAUGUACAUUGAGAGGUUAUGAAACCAUCGUUAGGAUAGAAAGUACCGUAGUGCUUAGUGUUGUAAGAUGGUAUGACCAAGGUUCUACAUCGUGUGAGGAGAAUAAAAUAAUGCAGCAGCUUAGGAUUACACUGAUAUAAGUAUAUUUGUCAAAAUUAAUGAUAGUGUUAAACCUUUGGUUUUAAAUAAUAUUGGUGUUAAGAAGUUUUUUGUAAUAUUAUUAUUAUUUUCAUUUUCACAGCACCACAGAAAAAAGCUUCAGGGCAGACGACUUGAUUAUGAUUGCAAGAAGAGAAAAGCACACAAAGGUACAGAUGGUACAGUGUAUGUACAAUGUUUGUACACUGUAAGAGUUCAGUUGACCACCAUACAUGUCCAUACACAGGCAGUCAUGUUGUAAUAGGCCAAAAUGUUUACUGUGGCUGACAUGUCAAUAAGCACGUAAUGAUAUACAAGUGUUUGUCUAACUAUCUGGGAUUAUGAAGGACUCUGUCAGAUAUGACAGAAAUCUCCCAGUCAUCUGUAUGGUUCACCAACUCCUGGAUCAUGAAAAUGUCUAUUGAGCUUGCUAUAAAUUAUAUCCGCAUUGCCGAUAGUAAUGCGUCCCCUAAAUUCCCUUAGGGUAUUUUGCAUUCUAGCACUAUAUUUAAAAAUUCAGUUUUGAGCUAGCAGUGGUCAUGAACAGAAGAAUUCAGAUUUAGAAACAAAGACUUGGAGAUUCACGCUAGUCGAAUCAUUCUGUAAAUCACGCUAUUUAUCCUCGAAAUGUAGAAGUGAAAGAGGCAAGCCGAUUUCGACACGUGAAUGUUAAUUAACUUGAACUGUAGAAUACUGAGACACUGAGAAUUAAAUAAUGAAUCUUGAAGAACAGCGAAAAGACGACAACAGAGCUUUUCAGUGCUAUUGUUUGUUUUCCCAAGACAUUAAGAUGAUUUUGAUUUUUAAGGUCAUAGAACAGUUUCUGGUGGUAUUUUUGAGUGGCUUUCAUUGUCAUUAUAGUCAUGGACCAAAGUGAUUGUUGAUGGUCUAUUCUAGUUUACAUGUAUGUUCAAGACUACAUGUAAUGUCCAGAGCCACAGCCAUGUUAUGUUUUGAAGAAUGGGUUGAUUUGUGUUUAUUGGGGGUAGGGUGUGUUAAUAUUGCAAAAGUGUCAGCCUCCAGAUUUUUUUGGCUUUCCAAGAUUGACAUCUUUGGAAGCAUAUCCUGAAUACCAUGCUACCCUUUUAGUUCACGAGGAAGAAAUUAGAGCUGCAGAGGAAAAGUUUGAAGAAUCCAAAGAAGUUUGCUAUAACAGCAUGUUGAAUCUCAUCGAGACUUCUGAUGUAAGUGACUGUAUACAUCUCACUUAAAGAGCCGUUACUUUUCUCUGGCUUAUUUUAAUGAUUGCUUUGGUUCAAAUCUCCUGCUUCAUAUACCAUACAUCAACAUGUAACCAUGUGACUUUUAGUGCAACCUACACUGCAAACAUUAGUAACAGUAUUAAUGUAUCAGCCACUAUUAUGAUUACUGCAAAACGAGAGUUGAAUAAAAAGAACAAUCUUUCCUGAGUGAAGUGGAGGUAAAAACAUUCGGGCUCAUCCUUGGUGUACCUGCUAAAAGGCCAGUCUCUCUAUCAAGCCAAUCCUUGGUGUAAGAACCUGAGAAACUCCUAGUUGACAGAAACCAAAAGGAAACGAAAAAACAUUUGAUAAACAAUUAAAGAGAAAAAGUUAACAGGUUCUCAGUAGUAAACACAAGAUUUAGGCCAUUUUAGCGAAAACAAAAAUGGCCUAAACUACUUUACAGUAUAUGCCCACCCCACUUCAUCACCAACCCUCAAUGAUUUUAUUGUAAUAAUUAUCCUUACUGGCUAGGCCUGUUUCUACUGAAGUAAGGAACAUACAGUCAGUUAUGUAUUGUGGUUAUUUUAUAACAGGUGGAACAAGUAAGUCAGCUUGCAGCUCUAGCAGAAGCGGUAUUUGACUAUCAUAAACAUUGCUAUGAUGUCAUGGAAAGUUUGGUUGCAACUCUGAACAACAAGUAUGUGACUGCAGCGUACUACACUCCUACACAUUUACAUUACUACAUGUAAUAAUAACAGCAACAAUGGUUUGAUUCUGGCUGAAGAAGAAAAUAGAUAAUGGAUGACAGUGUAUUUGCCUAUAACAGUUAUCCAUAAUAGUUUUCAUUUUAUUAUUUCUUUUCAAUUCUACAUGUACGAGUGGUUUGGUGCAUGUUGCCCAUAAUCAUUCUGUCAAUUUAAACUUUUCCUUCCUUCAUCUUUGAAUAAUAAUAUUAUUAUUCUUUGGUCUUAUUUCAUAUGUCAUGCAGCCUCAAUAUACAGUGUGUGCAUAAUACUAUUAUAUAAUUCACUCAGGUAUUUUUUUAGCUUUGCAAAUUAAUUAAUGAUACAAAACACAAUCUUGUUUGAUAGAGUUUCAGAAGCUGCCAGUCGCCCUCGGACUGAACGUCAAAGCAUCAGGAGAAAUCAUCAAGAUGACGAUAGUGAUGAGGAACCUCAGUCUUCAUACAGUUUAGCACCAACGCCAUCAGCUCCCCCCUCAGCUCCACCCCCAGCGUCAAAUGGCUCCUAUUUCAGUGGUCCAUUCAAAGCUUUGUACGACUUUGAGUCAGGUGUGUUACUAUGGAUACAUGUACAUGUACAUUUCUUUGGGAUGAUCCAUUACUGGAUUUGUGACCAGUGAUCGAGAUCAUGAUGCAUCAAAAGAACUGAUGAAUCCUUGUCCAGUUCAUUUAGAAUCGAUUACUAUUAUUUAUUAGUAAAAUCCAACUAUUGGUCUAUUAUCAAUGCUGUGUUCUGAUUGGUUGAGCUCCUACUAGGAUAUAUGUCAUAGCCCACUAGUAGCGAAAAGCGCCUGCUUUGAAAACCAAAACAAUGGCAGCUGAAUCGCGUUUUGCUAGCUAAAGUUGUUUUGUCGUGAUAUUUUUGACCAACUAGUUGGAUUUUACUAAAACAAUUAUUCGUCUCACCCUCAUGGUCUCUGAGUCAAUAGCCGAUUUGGCCUUCGGUCUCAUGGGCUAUUGACUUAGAGCCCAUUCGGGUUCGAGGAUUGUUAAGUAUUUUUUGGGUGGCAUUGUAUGUCUCGUUUUCCCUUAUUUUCUGUGGAGAGGGAAUGAAACAGUUUUGAAGCUACAUUGUAGCAUCAGUUUGCCAGCUCAGGACCCCACAUUUGAGGUAGCAUCCACUGAGCUCCAUUUUUAUGAUGUUGCAUAGAAUCAAGAAAGCUAUUUUAAAGUUGUCCAACACACUGAAGAUCAAGGUGUCAAAAUUUUUCUUAGAUAGAAUUUAUGUUCUUCAUUGAAUUGCAGGAGACCACAAAAUAGUGGUGCCACAGUUCAAACAAUAAAUAUCAGGAGUUCUUUGCAAAUUAUUCAAUGAUCAGUCUCUCCUCCCUCUCUGCCCUUCUCUUAUGCACAUCUACUGAUACCUCCAUUUAUUUCUGAGUGUGCACUUAUUAAACUUGCCUUUUUGUUCUCACUGUACCAUUUUUUUUGCUUAUUUUUUUAGAAAACGAUUCAGAGCUUGAUUUUAAUGAAGGUGAUAUCAUUCAGGUGGAGGAACAAAUUGACGAAAACUGGCUGUCAGGCUCACUUAAUGGCAAAACUGGAAUAUUUCCAACUAAUUACGUGGAAAAAAUGUGAACAAUGUUCAAUUGAAAUACUAGUAAUAUCUUUAGGAUUUCAAUGGGAUUAAAUCUGUGAGCCAAAAAAUUUUGGAGCGAAAAAAUAAUUUUUGUCAUUUAUUAAAAAUGAGUUGUUGUGUCACACAUUAAGAGUAAUUUUUAGUGAAAAUUACAAAAUUAUUAUUUUGCACAUUUCAUAAUAAAGGCUUAAUUGUAAGUUACAGAAUCACAUUUAAUAAUAAUAACAAUAAUAAUAAUAAUAUACACAUAUAGCACCUUUCUCUUAGUGAUCCAAAGUGCUUUACAAUCAGUACUAAUAGUAAUAAACGUAAUAUAAUUAAUAUUACAAAAAAAAAAAGAAUAACAAAUAAAGUAAAU